AUGCCUGGUGCGUCCAUGGGAGAUCCAGACAUGCCUCAGGGAUGGCUGCAGCCUCCAAACACCAACUUUAAUGUUCAUCAAGCCUAUCACAUGGAUGAAUCCAACCGCACUACACCCGGCCAAAUCCAGGCAUAUUCACAAUUUACACCAGCGUCGCGCGGGUCGCUGCAAGAACAAGAUCCAUCUGAACAACCGUCAUAUCCAGCGGCUUCACAUGGAGUCACAUAUGCUGAAGACGACGACUUCUUUGGUGUAGAGUCAGACGACGAACCGGAAGCCCAGGUGGUGACGCAGAACUUCAACCAGCUAUCCCUGAUCAUGGCUUCUGCGAACAGAGAUGACGGACCGCCACGCUCUUUCACAACAUACUUGAAUGAGCCCAAUGUGCUAGCUUCUUAUCAACCUACACCGGGGUCCUCUCUGAACAACCCAAAAACAGCUCGAAUUUUCCUCCACUUCAUCCAUUCCACUGGCCCCUCCAUAUCCAUCUUUGAGCGGCAUCCAAUUGACCCUUCUACGAUGUUUGGUGCUCCUGUUCCUACCGCACAACAGGGCUUAUGGACUUAUACAUUGCCUUUCAAGGCAUUAGAGCACCAGGCAUUGCUGCAGGCUAUCCUGGCGCUUAGUAGUCUACACAUUGCAUAUCUACAGGAAGCACCUCCUACAGUCUCGCUCAAGCACUACCAUUAUGCUCUCAGGAGAGUUGGCGUGGCAGUGGGCCUGCCAAUGCGACGAAAGCAGGUGGGCACCCUAGCCGCUGCGCUCUUAUUGGCAUACUACGAGGUGAUGUCGGCGGAUCACACAAAGUGGAACAGCCAUGUUGCGGGGGCUGUACAGUUGUUGCGUGAGAUCGACUUUGCAACUAUUACGCGAGAUCUCCGACAGCACCGACGCAGAACAUGGGCCAAGGCAACCAGCAAAGACUUUCUCUUCGGAAAUGCUCUUCUUGAAGAUGAUCCUUUCUCUGAGCAAGAGAGCAGCAUUGACGAAAACCUCAUAGGAUCCAUACUUGGUCAUGCAGUCAACUAUGACGAAUUUGGACGUGUGGAUGAGGGUUAUUCGCGUCCAUUCAAUCCAGAACUCACCCGAAAAGAUAUCGAAUCCUUCAGGAUUCAGUGCGAUCUUUAUUGGUGGUGCUGCAAGCAGGAUAUCAUCCAAAGUAUCAUCGGUGGAAACCCUCUAUUUUCUAGCAUGGCGUUUUCUUCAUUCGGACAAUGUCCUCCGCGGGCCGCAGUGGGCCGGCUGGAUGCAAUAUAUGGUUCUGCGGACCACCUGUGGCUUCUGUUGGGUCGACUAACUGACUUUGGGUGCCGUGACCGUCGUCGGAAAUUGAAAACUUUCAAAGCCGCUGGUUCGGAAUGGCGACCAGGCCCGGAGCUCUCCAAGUUCAUGGCCCGGUUUGCACCGCGGAGCCCAAGUAGCAGCUCGCCGCCUCCAAAGCCACCAUUUCCAAGCAAUUCCUCCCAGAAGAAUACAACGGGGUCAGGGAAUUAUGGCCCCAAAUCCACCAGUCCAUCAUCGCAGAGUCCACCCAUGUACGGUAUGGUUCCUUCCACUGGGCCCCGGUCCCUUCCACCUGCAUUUGCAGAGACAGAAAGCGGAAGGGAUUCUCCGAAAAAGAACGAGGAAGAGGAAAAUAUGACAUACGAGCACGCAGAGCAGGAGUGGGAGAGCAUUCUGUCUACGUUUGAAAUGUUUGCUCGCGCUCUCGGGCCUCACUUCUUGCCGCUCCCGGCGGACAGUGCACCUCCCAUAGCAACACCAUUCGGACCAGCCCUCCAGUAUCGCACGCAGACAAUUGCGGUAAUCUGGGGCUUCUACUAUUUGGGUCGUAUCUUGUUACACCGGCUACACCCGUGCAUGCCUCCAGCGAUGAUGGUAGCUGCGGGCGUAGCGGCCCCUACAACCGGCGAGUUCACCCAGCUGGUGGGAAAGAUCGCCGCGGGGAUCUAUUACCCGCAGAGUUUCAACAUCGAGACCGGAAAUCUCAGCCCUACGCUGGGCUCAUGUUUGAUCGAGAUCACGGUCCCCAUCUUUUUUGCCGCCAUCCAGUAUACAGAUCGGGCCCAGCGGUGCUGGAUCGCCACGAGGCUGCGUGAAAUUAGGCGCCUGACUGGGUGGCGGUCAGCUGAUGCCAUCGCAGACGGUCUCGAAAGGGCCUGGAGGACUGCAGCAGACCAAGGACGAGGUCCCCCGUAUGAGCCGCCUGGUGACGGGGCUCAUCAGCGACCCGUUGCGCCGACAGGAGCCACGCGUGGAGCGGCAGAUGCAGUCACUGAAAGGCGAUUUGUAACUGUCCAAAAGCCAUAUCGUACAUAUGCGAAGGGAAUCCUUGGAUUAGAAGAGGAGCUCCUCAGUUUGGAAUUAGAGGACCGUCUGUAG